CUUUUUACGUAAAGGACGUUACGUCAGAGUAAUUUUGACAGUAUGAGGCGCAUACUCAGUACGAAUUUAUUAAGACGUUUCAUUUUGUUCGACAGAAAUCUUCCCUUCAGCAGUCCUCUGUCAGCGGUGAAACAAGGUGCUUUUGUUUUAAACUUGUGCCGUAAAGCGAGCAGUGACAGCAUGGAUUUGAGCCACAUGAGGAAGAAGUACAAAGGAGACGAAGAGUGUUUUGAGGAAAAUCACCUUGUGUCUGUGGACCCCAUCAAGCAGUUUGGAAACUGGUUUGAUGAUGCAACGAAGUGCUCUGAAAUCGGAGAGGCUAACGCUAUGUGCAUAGCCACGGCAAACAAAGAUGGACGUCCAUCUGCUAGGAUGGUUCUCCUGAAAGGUUACAGCAAUGACGGUUUCACCUUCUACACAAACUACGAGAGCAGAAAGGGUGUUGAGCUGGAGAGUAAUCCAUAUGCGUGUCUGGUUUUCUACUGGGAACCAUUAAACAGACAGAUCCGUGUUGAAGGCUCAGUGGAGCGGAUUCCUGCCCAGGCCUCCUGUGAAUAUUUUCACUCACGACCAAAAAGCAGCCAGAUCGGAGCCGUCGUGAGUCGACAGAGUAGUCCAGUCCCUAACAGAGAUUAUCUAAGGCAAAAAAAUGUCGAACUGCAGGAAAAGUACAAGGACACUGAAGUGCCGAUGCCUGAGUAUUGGGGCGGCUACAUGGUCAGACCUUAUUCGAUAGAGUUCUGGCAGGGUCAGACCAACAGGCUUCACGACCGAAUCGUUUUCUCCAAGCUGAAGGACGGAGAGACACUGGGAGAGUUCCAGCACGAGGCGGAGGGAGGCUGGGUGUACCAGAGACUUUCUCCAUGAGAACGAUUCAUCUUGAACAUCGUGUGACGUGCAAACAUCUAAAGGUGGAAACCAUCUGAUAUUUGUUUCACCUCUCUGUAACUGAAGCUGUAUGUAACACAACCUGACUUUAACAUGCAUUAUAAAACAGAAUUGAGAUGUUCACUGAGCCACUCAGGAGAUGAAAGCUGCUCCUGUUUCAAUAACCCGAUUUAGCAGUUUUCAUUUAGGACAAAAUGUGGAUUCAUUCUAAAGAAUUUUUUAAAAGCCUGUGGUUCAGUUAUAGAAAAAAAAGGAAGAGACCUGCUUGAGUUUUGGUUGCUUGAUUUAGAUUUAAUGAUUUAUUUUUAUUUCUUUUAAAAAAAGUUGAUUUCUUAGUAGUCUGUGUUCCUCCAGUCAUCUAAAAUGGUCUUCAUCAGCUGGUCUUCAGACUUACUGUAAGCCCAGUCCUUCUGCUGGACCAUAGCGUAGUGUUUAAAAUAUCCGAAUCACGUUUAUUGAUGAGUGACAAACAAGUGAUUUGCAUUUGUGACUUGGUUUAUACAUCAUAAUAAUAGACACACAAAAGAAAACGGGAACACGCAGUUGCCACUUACAAGAAAAUACAUGCAAAUAAAGGAUGUGCAGAACAUGCUAAACAGAAGUUAGACUGACUACAAAUCUGCAUGUUGUAGAAGUCUGUUUUGCUGUUUGUUCUGGUGGUUCUGAUGGACCGAGCCUGGCUUUAAGGGAAACCGUAAUCUGAGGUUACUUACUUCUAUGUAAACAUCAAAAAGGAAGCAGAAAAGGAAAGACAAUGGAAAAUGUUUAAAGGGAGGAAAACAUAGACCAAAAUGGAAAAUAGAAGAAGAAAAAAGAAAGGCAAAAGCACAGGAGCACUGACAGGAAGAAGAAAGCAGAGCAAAUAUUGAAGGCACUCAAAGGGAGAGAAAGACAGGAAAAAAGAGAAGGACUAAUAAAAAGUGAAGAUAACUCAUGUCAGAAGAGGGUAGAGUUUUGCAAAUCUGGUUAACGAGAAGAUUGUCAAAAAUUUUAUGUAAGGGGGCCCCAUGUCUGUGUUCGCCUUGGGCCCACAAAUUGCUAAAUCCGCCACUGAUCACAAGCUAGUCGGGCUGUGAUAUUUGUUUCGAUUUACCCUAUUUUACUGUGUAGCACUUUGGACCUGUGCUGGGUGUUUGAAAGUGCUUUGUAAAUAAAGUUGGACUGGAUUUCAGAUUAGAAUGUAUAAUUUACACAAGGCAAAUGCUAAUUAAUAAAUGUUCUAUUUUUGCCAAAUAAGUUUUAUGUCAGAUGUGUUUUAAUGUGUAGCUGAUGUUAGUGAUCUUGUGCUUCACUGUUGGACGAAAACAUCAGUCAAUACAACUACAAGCUCACAUAUAAUUAUGUUACUACUGACACCCCUCUAGCUGUUUAAUCAGUGAAAUAUUGGAUAAGUAUGGCGGUAAGAAUAAAGUUUUACUGAUUAUCUUCAAUUUUUGUUUAUUUUUUCUUAACCAUUCAGCUUAGAUGAACUGCAGGGUCAUUUUUAGGAUUGAGAUAAUUUUAAAUGAUUUUAGCUCAUAAGUGUUGAGUGUGUAUAAUAAAGCAUUUUGUUGUCUCCAUUGUCUAAGAAGACAGAAACACUGAUGUGCUUAUGUGACAGCUGUUGUGUAAGAACAGAGAUUGUGUUUGGUAAAUGCUGGUUGGCCUGCAUUUGUAUAGCUCCUUUUAGGGUUCUACAACCCCCCAUGGUGCUUCACAACUCGGUCAGACAUUCACCCAUUCACAUGCUGGUGGGGAUGAGCAACGAUGUAGACACAGCUACACGGGGCACUGACAGAGGCAAGGCCUGCCAAACACAGGUGCCACUGGUCCCUCUGACCACCACCAGCAGACGAAGCGGGUUAAGUGUCUUGCUCAAGGACACAACAGCAGCGUUCUCUGGUAGGAGCCGGGAUCAAACUUGCAACUUUCCGACUACUGGACAACACGCUCUACUUCCUGGGCUACUGCUGUUACUGUGCUACUGUGUUUAACCUUUGACCCGAAAUAUCAGAAAUAAAGUUUUAUUAUUAACAAAAAGA